UUGCCGUUGCUACCGGCCGGGUAAUUCUCCCGCUGCUGCCUUAGACUGAACGGGAGCGGCCGGUCACCUGGAUCUCCUGCCGGAGACUUCCUCGAAGGCGAGCCGCUAAGCUCAGUUGCGCCGGAGGUGGACGCGUGGCCGAAUAAAGGACAGGACCGGCGAAACCGGGCAGUAAGGCGGAGGAGCUUCUGGCCGAGCGGAGGUCGCUGGAGGCCGGUUGCCUGACCCGCCCAUGGCUGCUGCUGUUGCCGCUUUCCGACACCUGAGCCUGGCGCUGGGCGCAGCGGUGGCAGCUCUCGGUUCGCUCCUUUUCAUUGCAUGGAAAGUCUACUUCCGAGACGCUGAUGACAGCUGCGUCGGCUGGAGAAGUCGCUGGGAGCGGCAGCUGGAAGCGGAGCUAAGAGCUUGCAACGCGCAAAAGGAAGCAGAGCAGCCACAUUGCUGUGAAUACCAAGUUUUGGUUCUUGGUUUGGACGGGGCUGGAAAAAGCACUAUUCUUCACUAUGUAUGUAGUCCAGAAGCCAAAAAGCAUAUAGCACCUACUCAAGGCUUCAACUCAGUGCAGCUGCAGGCCAGUGGGCUCCAGGUGAACCUUCUAGAAGUUGGUGGGAGCCAGAAUCUACGCUUCUAUUGGAACCAAUAUCUGAGCAAAGCCCACAUUUUGGUGUUUGUUGUAGACUCUGCCGAUGGCCCACGCCUUCAUAUUGCUCGGCAGCAGCUCCACUACCUGUUAGCUGAGGAUCCUCAGUUGCCUUUGAUAAUCUUAGCUAACAAACAGGACAAGAAUGAUGCCCUGAGUGUGGCAGAAUUGCAAGAGGAGUUGGCCUUGCACAAUCUGGAUAGACAGAGGAAAUUCUUUCUCUUGCCCACAAGUGCAACUUUUGCUGGUCUGGCCACUGCAAACAGUGUUCUUCAUUUGAAGCACCUGCUGGUCAAAAUCCUUGCCCAUUCAAGCAAGAUGGACUCCCUGUGAUUGUGCCUCUCUUUUUCAGCAUGUUCAAGAAAGUCUUAAAAGUCCACCUCGGCAUUCACCAAAUGCUUUUGGAGAAGUCAUUCCACCUUCCAAUAUAGCCUUGAAAAUAACUCCUACCAUUCUGGAUAAGGAAGGAAAACAAAAGGCAAAGUACAUUGCUUGAGGGGGGCAUCAAUCAAUCUCAGAGACUAGCUAUUGAGAGCAGCUGCUGCUCUUUUCACAAAUCUAAAGAACUGUAAUACCAAUGUUUGCACUAAGACUUUGCAUUCUUCUUUACUGGAUCUACUAUACUCAACUUUACAAUAAGCAGGAAGAGGUAAUGCAAUGACUUUAUAUAAAGGAAGCUAAGGAAGUCAUUUCAAAGGCUCUGUUUGCCUGUGACUUUGUUAUUUUAAAAGCUGGGGGGUUAGUCUUGGCCCAUAAAGGGCUACUUCAUCCUGAUUGCAGUUAACGGAAAUCGGUAUGUACUGAAACUGAUGGCUUAGCUAGGUUUGAGGACUCCUUAAUGGAAUAUCUUUUAUUUCUGCCUAUGCAUGUUGGAACAGUUGUGCCUUGAACUGAUGGCAAAGCUAAUUCAGUCACUAAGACACUGCUAUCUUCUUAUUUAUUACUUGAUUCUUCUGAAGUAGCCUCUACAAGGUCUAGAUAUUUGAUAUGAGCCAAAAGAAUUGGAAACUCUGGGUUACACCACAAAGAGAUGCAUGAAACUGACAUCCUCCAAACUAGUUGAGUGUCCAAUUCCCGGGUUGGCUGGGAAGUUUGAGAUGAAGGCCAACACAUGCAGGUGUCCCUGAUAUGGCAAAGUUGUUCAGCAUGUACUUGAAUAUCUCCAUUUGAUCACAACCUGUCAAGGGCUCUUUGAAAGUUUUUAUUUCUGCUCCAUUAUAGAAACAAAAUGUUAUCUAUGCAACAGCUAUUCUGAGCUACCGUAGUAAUGGCUGUUACAGCAUACAGGUAGGCCACAUCAUAGGGACUACCUAUACCAUUCUCCUAAAUUUCUAAUGAAAAAAAACAACCAAUUGUCUCACCUCUGUAUUAAAGCAUAAUUCUACAUAUGCAAGAAGCCAAUCCCAUCUUUAGGCAAUUUGUGCCUACAGCUCUAAUGAUGUUACAAGUAAGAAUGAUGCUGUUUCUUAACUAGGAAAAUGAUGUAUAUACUAUUACUCUCCAUUGUUCCUUCUGUUGGCAGCUCAGGAUCUUUGUUUGGACUAAGCUCCUUUCCACAGUUUUUGUUUUAACCUUCCCCCUCCUUUAUUUAUCCUCCCACAGAAUAUAGGAAACCUGGAUAAUAUAUCUUAGCCAUAUAUACCGAAGGUAAUUGCUAAC